AAUGAAUCAUAUGAGAACCAAUCGACUGUUAGCACUGCUUUUGCUAGGCAGUUGGUUACUGGUGCUGGGCUUGGCUACAGCGACUGAACGGGUGGAGCGACUGCCAGUGGCUGCCAGCGAUGAGCCGCACAUUCGCAACAAGCGGGGCAUCUUCUGGGACUUCUUUCAGAAAAUGGUCAUAACCAAGAAUCUGAUUGUCGAUCAAUACACAGACACGCGAAACACUCUGAACGACAUCUACAACACCGUAAAUGAGCAGUUCAGCGACCCGGCUCCAGCGAAGCCGACAUCGCAUCCAAGAGUAACAACCGAAAAGCUGCCAUCCAGUGACGAAGAUGAUCAGACAGUGAAAACAACGACAGAGGGCUUCGCCAUUUCCCGGUACGAGCUGGGCCGUAUCCUGGGUCGUAAUUUCCGCGGCGUACAGCGCCUGGCCCAGAUCGAGUUCAAAGACGCCCUCAAUGCGACCCACUACAAUCUUCAGCAAUACAAAAUGGAGGCGGACAAACAGUUUGCCAACAGCGUGGGCGUCGAGAAGAAGAACAAGCUGAAGAGUCUCGGCCUGGGCUGAGCCCAGAGCUCCCCCGACCUUUCUUUUCCACUGCCCCAAUUGUUGUAGUUGUUGUUAUAUAAAUUGUUUCUUUGUGGGCGUUGAUAGCGCGUUAAUUAACUCACCUGUGUACAUAUGUUACGGUUGUUACUAUUUCUAACUUAUAAGUAGCCUAGAAGACCCAUUAGAACUCAAAUUACCAGAGCUAGCAUAAGGCCUUGUACAUAUCUCUGAUUAUGACUAUUUAUUGUACAAAUUUCCAUCGAAUAAACUGCG